UCGAAAUAACCGUCCCUAUAUGCUCCGAGUCUUUUACGACGGGAAUCGUAGGAGCGAUCCUUGCUAUGCUCGUCUCUGGAAUCUUCUUCCAUCUCCGAAAGGCGAAAACACUGAAAAAUAUUAAUCUUAACUCGGCCGUCUCUGUGAUCCUUUUCCUCCCACUAAAUUUGAGGAAAACCCCUGGCUUUUACUGGAUUUCGAGAAAUGGCUGAAGUUAAUGAGCAGCAAAGCCAACCCCUUGGUGAAGAUAAUGGAAAUGAAAUAGUCACUGAAAAUGCUGCAUUUGUGCAUGAGGAGCCUCCUCAAGAUGCUAUCGGUCCCCCAAGAGUUGAUUCUGAGGUGGAAAUCCUUCAUGAGAAAGUCACAAAGCAAAUCAUUAAGGAAGGUCAUGGACAAAACCCAUCCAAAUAUUCAACAUGCUUCUUGCACUACAGGGCAUGGACGGAAAGCACCCAGCACAAGUUUGAAGACACGUGGGAGGAGCAAAGACCACUUGAGUUGGUAUUAGGGAAAGAGAAGAAAGAAAUGACUGGCUUGGCUAUUGGUUUAUCCAGCAUGAAAUCUGGUGAACGUGCCAGGUUACAUGUGGGCUGGGAAUUAGGUUACGGGAAAGAAGGAAGUUUUUCUUUCCCAAAUGUUCCGCCUAUGGCAGACAUAAUAUAUGAAGUUGAGCUCAUUGGAUUUGAUGAGACCAAAGAAGGCAAAGCUCGUGCUGACAUGACUGUGGAGGAGAGGAUUGGUUCAGCAGAUCGAAGAAAGAUGGAUGGAAAUGCUUUAUUUAAGGAGGAUAAACUGGAGGAGGCUAUGCAACAGUAUGAAAUGGCCAUUGCAUAUAUGGGUGAUGACUUCAUGUUCCAAUUGUUUGGGAAGUACAGGGACAUGGCUUUAGCUGUUAAGAAUCCAUGUCACCUUAACAUGGCAGCAUGUCUAAUAAAGCUCAAGCGCUAUGAUGAAGCAAUCAUGCAAUGCAGCAUUGUGUUGGCAGAGAAUGAAAACAACGUCAAAGCACUGUUCAGACGAGGUAAAGCUCGAGCAGAACUUGGGCAAACAGAUGCUGCCCGAGAGGACUUCCUGAAGGCACGGAAAUUUGCACCCGAAGACAAAGCAAUUGCGAGGGAGUUACGUUUGCUUGCCGAACAUGACAAGGCUCUUUAUCAGAAGCAAAAGGAGAUCUAUAAAGGACUCUUUGGACCAAGACCUGAACCGAAACCAAAGCGAUCUAAUUGGCUGGUUCUCUUUUGGCAUUGGUUGUUGUCACUAUUCUAUCGCCUUUUCAAGCGCGGAGGGCACAAAGCAGACUAAUCAUAAGCAGAUGGACAAAGAUACUUUGUGUACCAAGCAAGCAUGAUCUCAAGCAUUAAACGUUAAAGGCCAAAGGUUCCAGCGAUACGGACGCACAGUUAUUUCUUCAAGUGUGUGCUAAUUAACCUUAAUAUGUUUUUUUUCCCCUUUCUCCUAGGAUAAAGCCCCGUUUGCGUUUAAUCUUGUUGUGACCUCAAAUACUUAUUGGUAUCAUAGCCAUUUUCUGGCCAUUGCAUUUGAAAUAAACAUUUCACAUGAUGCUGGACUUGAGCUCU